AAGGUAAAAGGAGGCCGAGACGCAGCGUAUAUAAAGGGCGUAUAAACAUUGAGACAUUUCACUUGAGCGUAAACACUGCUCCCGUUUUCUUAGGCUGCAAUCCCUUACGAAAUCCAUCAUGGGUUUCUAUUCUCUGGCUGUAACUUUCCUUUGCACUGUCGUACUUCCAGUUCUGCUAUUUUUAGUAGCAGUGAAAUUGUGGGAGUUUUUCAUGAUCCGUGGACGCGACUCAAGUUGCCCCCGUCCCUUGCCUCCAGGUACCAUGGGCAUGCCGUUCAUUGGCGAGACGCUUCAACUGAUUCUUCAGAGGAGAAAAUUCCUAAGGAUGAAGCGCCAGAAAUAUGGAUAUAUCUACAAAACUCACCUCUUCGGCAAUCCUACUGUGCGCGUACUGGGUGCCGAAAACGUAAGGCAAAUUCUGUUGGGCGAAAACAAACUUGUUGCUGUCCAGUGGCCCGCCUCCGUGAGAACUAUCCUGGGCUCAGACACCCUCUCCAAUGUGCACGGAUCCCAGCACAAGAACAAGAAAAGGGCAAUAAUGAAAGCGUUCUCCCGGGAAGCGCUCGAGCAGUACAUCCCAGUUAUCCAGGAGGAGGUGAGGAGUGCCCUGAGGGACUGGCUUAAACGCGACGCGUGUGUGCUCGUGUAUCCCGAGAUGAAGCGACUCAUGUUCCGCAUCGCAAUGAGGAUCCUGCUCGGUUUCGAACCAGAUCAAAUCAAGACAGACGAACAGGAGUUGGUGGAGGCGUUUGAGGAAAUGAUCAAGAAUCUUUUUUCCCUUCCGAUAGACGUGCCUUUCAGCGGACUAUAUCGGGGGCUCAAAGCUCGCAAUUUUAUCCAUUCCAAAAUCGAAGAGAACAUUAAGAAGAAAAUCCAAGAGGAGGACACUGAGCGCAAACACAAAGAUGCUCUUCAGUUACUGAUUGAGAACAGCAGGAAAUGCGAGGAGCCAUUCAGCAUGCAGGCAAUUAAAGAGGCAGCUACAGAAUUGUUAUUUGGUGGGCAUGAGACCACUGCCAGCACAGCCACCUCCCUGGUGAUGUUCCUCGGGCUGCAUCCAGAAGUUGUCCAGAAAGUACGAGAGGAGCUGCAACAGAAGGAGGAGGUCGGGCUGUACUCUAAGGGCGAAACCCCGAGCAUGGAGUUGCUGGAGCAGCUGAAGUACACUGGCUGUGUGAUCAAGGAGACGCUGCGCAUCAACCCUCCGGUUCCUGGAGGGUUCCGGGUGGCCCUCAAGACAUUUGAACUCAACGGCUACCAGAUUCCCAAGGGCUGGAACGUCAUCUACAGCAUCUGUGACACCCAUGACGUUGCAGACACUUUCCCCAACAAGGAGGACUUCCAGCCGGAGCGGUUUAUGGCCAAGGCUUCCGAAGACUCCUCGCGCUUUAACUACAUCCCAUUUGGCGGCGGCUCCCGCAUGUGCGUGGGGAAAGAGUUCGCCAAAGUGCUCCUCAAAACAUUCCUCAUCGAGCUCACGCAGCACUGUAACUGGACUCUGUCAAAUGGACCCCCAACCAUGAAAACCGGGCCAACGGUGUACCCUUCGGACAAUCUCCCCACUAGGUUCAGUAGUUAUGUCGGCAAUUAGCACCCCUUCCACACUCCCCCACCCCACACCCCCAAAAAUCUGUAUAUGGCCAAUAAGCAUGGAUGAUGUACAUAUAGACAUAUUUAAAAGUGUUUUAGAUGAAAUUGCCGAUAUAUUUAACAUUUUUUAUAUAUAACUUUGUUAAUACAGAUAGAUGUAUGUAUAUAUAAAACUCCAUAUCUUUAAAGCGAAAGGCACUACUCUUUCAUGGACUACCAUUUUUUUCCAGGAGUCUGUGGUGUAUAUUUGUAAUGUAGCUAUUUUAUAUAGUGUGUUUUUUUGUAUUGUAUACAACUUAUUUAAAUGAGACUUUAUUGUAUGGGCUUUAUUUAAUAAAAACAAUUUACACAUAAA